UUAAAAGGAGGCUACACAGAACGGCAGCUGGUUAAGGGCUUUUUCUCUUCCUCGCCUUAACGCUCAUGCUUCCUUGUUCAGCUGAAGGAAAGAAUGGGGAAUUGCCAAGCGUCUGAGGCGGCGGCGGUGGUGAUUCAGCACCCCGGAGGGAAGGCGGAGAGGCUUUACUGGCCGACGAGCGCCGCCGACGUGAUGAAGAGCAACCCGGGGCACUACGUGGCCCUGGUGACGCUCACUGUCUCGGAGACCAAGCAGGACGGCGGCACCGUGAAGUUCACCCGGGUGCGACUGCUGAAGCCCAAGGACGUGCUGUUGCUCGGCCAGGUUUACCGACUGAUCACCUCCCAAGCGAUCCGCCAGAAGCUACGCAGGCGAUCAUGCAGAGAAAGCAGGACAAGCUCAAGAAAUACCAGGCUGAAUCAUGCAGAGGACAGCCGCAAGAAGAGGAACACAGGAAACCUGAUGCUGCUGGAGAGGCACAGCAGGAGGAUUCAGAGAACAAACCUCAAGUGGCGAGGGAGGACGGAGACCAGCAAAAGAACAGCACACAAGCAGCGGCAGCAAGAGGCCGGCACUGGAGACCUUCAUUGCAGAGCAUCUCUGAAGCAGUGAGCUGAUUGAGCCACAACUCUGUGUCCAAGUGUGCAGAUGAUUAUGAAAAGUGUUUCGAUGUAGAAUUGAGGUUUGGAGUGUUGUUUCCAGAGAUAUCUUCUCAGAGUCCCUGUAAAGAUCACAGUCCAUGAUGGAUACUAAACAUGGAUUGCAAUUUAACCUGUAAAGUUCCACCUUUUUAUAUCUGUAACAAAAAUUUCACACAA